UAUCACUUUCUCUCUUAUUCUUACUUGAAAGCGAAAUAUUUCAAGUUUUCUUCUCCUUUUUAUCUCGAUUUUAGUGAAUAAAUACAUGCUACAUAAACAAGCUUACAAGCAUCAUGAGAUUAUGAGGUGUAACUCGAUCCAUAUGUUUUUAUUUGUUUGUACUAAUUGAUAAUUGCAGUAGUGCAAAAUCAGCUUAUACUAUAUAUUUUUAAGUCCAAUUUAUGUGCAUCGAUGAUAUCUAUAUUGGUAUGAAAAUAGUAGGUAAAGAAAGCCGGCUAACACUUGCAAUAUCCAAAAAUAAAUUGGAUAAGGUGUCCACUUUUGUUGUGCUCCUUUUGUGUGUGGAUCAAGAUCAAAACGGGAACGAAACAAGAAGAACGAAUACACAACCGAUUGAAAUUUGAAUAAUAUUGAAAACAAUGAAAACUCUUAUGAGAAGACCAAUGGAAUUCUUAUUCAUUCAAGUGUGUGGAAGAAACUCAAGCUGUUAGAUGAAAAACCUCUCUCUCUAAACUAACUCGAUUACAGAUCUGGGAAAAACUUAACUUUUUAACUAAUUUCCCUCUCUCCCUUUUUUAUCAUUCUAAAUUCCGGUGGAAAUUCAAAAUAUCAGAAAUUUACAAUUUUCAUUUCAGUCCCUCAAGUAUGUUAGUUGUGCAAAUAUGCCCCAAAUCCCAACAUUCUAUCUUCAAUUAUUGUCAUUGUUUUUCGAUAUUGCAGAGUUAAUUCAUCUUCCAAGAAUUAAAGGCAUUUUUAGGGUUAGUUGAAAUUGGUUAAUGCAGGUGAAAAAUGACUUGGCACACUAUAUUCUUCAAAGAUGGGAGUUCUCAAUAUCCCAUGAAUGGGGCGGCGCAGUCCGCCGUGCCCCGGUGGAGUGGAUUCGGAUGUCAGACGCCGCCACCAUCCGUUUAUGGUGAAGGGUUUAUCCCAUCAAAGGCCGCCUCUCUAGAACUUUCCAACUGCCAAUUUGGUGAUCAUGGCAAACUCAACACCACUCACUUCACUCUUUUUCCUGGUGAGUGUGAAAAUGGGAAAACUCGAAGGCAGGUGGAUUAUCUAGAGCUUGGAUUUGGACAGCCAGUGAUUUGUGCUACCAAAUAUCCAUAUCCAGCUGAUGAAUGCUAUAAUGGGCCUGUUGCGGGGCGAAUGAUGCUGGCCCUUAACGGAGGCCCAAUCUUGGUGAACGCAAAGCAGUACAACGCAAUCAUGAGGCGCAGGAAGAAGCGUGCCCACGCUCUCAACCUCAACAUGCGUAAGCCGUAUUUGCACCUUUCGCGCCACCUCCAUGCGAAGCGGCGGCCGAGGGGCAAUGGCGGCCGCUUCCUCAACACCAAGAGCUCGGGCAGGAGCCCCGGGUCGGAUGUGAGCAGCGAUCACGAGGUGGGAAACGCUGCGGCGGCGCUGCACCUCUUUCAGGCCUUCCACCUCAAGGUCUGAUGUGAUGACGAUGAUGGUGUCAUCACCUGGGCAAUUCAUCCUUGGCUAUCUCAACAUAGUUUAAUUAAGUACGCAAUUAGGGCUGUGCAUCUUCUCAUUAGUUGAGAAAUGAGAAUGCCAAUUGCUCUUCUUUUUCUUGCUUUACUUUUCCAAACUCAUGUGUUGCAAAAUACUAAUAGACUCGUCGACUCGAGUCUUAGUCUAGUGUUUUAUGGUGUUACUUGUAGUAUAGGUGUGUGCUAGCUAUGCUGUAUCUCUGUAACAUAUGCUUGCUUCAUCUAUUUUAUUACUAUAUGUGAUUAUUCAAUUAAUCUCCUUAUGUUGAGAUUAUUGUGUGCGGACA